UCGUGUAGUAGUAGCUUGCCUACUCGGGUUGGAUUAUAAAAGUACUUAUUGCAUCGAAAAGCGAUGAUAUUAACAGAUUAAAAUAAAUUCACCAAUUACAAGCUUAAUCUGUUAAGGUUUUUGUAGUUACAUAAAAAAUUUAAUCUUUUGCUGUAUACAUUGUCGAAAAUUUGACGUCGAUUGACAUAUUAUCGUUUCGCAAGUAGUUUCCACGGAGGUGUUUUAUUUGUGUUCGGUUAUUGGAAAACAUCCGCAAGGUGUAAUAUUUGUGAUAAUUGUGUAGUGUUUGUGAUUUUAGAGAAAUUCCUUCCUUUUACUGCCGUUACUCGCAAGUCGCGGAGGCUCUUGUGUUAUAAUUGUGAAAGUAAAUUGUGGGGUAUUGAAUGUUGUUUGCUAUUCUUUCGUCGUGUGAAAAAUGUUAGGACGUCGAUUGUGCCAUAACAAUAACUGCAUGAAGGAGGAUGAAGCAGCGACGAUUCAGAACAUCUCGUCAUAAUGGCUAAUUCUGAUCAGCGGCAGUGUUUCAUCGCCGCCAACCAUGUUGCGACCAGAAUCGCCACUCGCUGAUCACCGCAGCCUGCUGCCGCGGCGGCUGCUGCCGGUUAAGGCUCAAAUCGCUCCAGCCGAUAAGAAAAAGAACCGUAGAUCUCUCGAACUAAACCCUCCGUCCAACGAUCAUGCACCAUACGACUAUCCAAAACUGCUUAUUUCCAAAACAACCGACUCUCUUAACACGGAAUGUCCACGAAAACUUAUCAAUAAACAAGAUUCGUCCGACAGUUUGAAAAGAGCGCUUCUGUCUAAAGAUGAAAAGAAGUUCCCGGUUAAGGAAUCGGACAAAAAAGCGGUCGUGAAACAGGAUUCCAGCGAAAGCUUAAAAAAGUCACUGCUAUGCCGACAAGACUCGAAUGACAGUACAAAAAGAAGAGACUCUGAUCCCAAACGGAUGCAAAGACAGGAAGAGAGUAAGAGGAGUUUGGAAGUCAAACGCGGUGGGGACAAAAAGGGCCUACUGGAGACUGAUAUAGAUGAGCCCUGUAAGAGAAUAUACGAGAGGAGAACAGGAUGCGCCAGGCCCACUUUGCCUCCUGUCGCCGAGAAGGGAGUCACGCCUAAAUCUCCCAAUGGGAGUCCCCAAACCCCAGGAGUUGCGGCUGUUGCCGAAGGAGUUGUUCGAUGGGGAAGCGGUCUCUUAUCCCCGAAAGAGGAACCAAGGUUAAGGCCUGCUAGAAGCUGGUACGGCUACGGGACUCUGCCAACAGACAAUGAUAAGAUGGGAGCAGGCGCGAACGGGCCUGGUGGUCGGCGAGCGCUUGAGCUAAUCCUAAGCGGCGGUCUUAAGUCCUUAGCGAGACCCGCAAAGCCUGUUAGGAGAGCUGCCUCCAGAGAUUCAGUGUUGUCGCAACCGCAACCACUGUUAGAAGGUCUCAGGAAAUGUUCGACAGUGCUCGCCCUGACGGAUAGGGAGAAAGUCCCCGAACCGAUCAGGGCUCACAACCGACUGCGCGCACCUUCAGUCUGCUCUCGAUGUUCUUCGUUACUGUCUCUCGCCGGCGCCGGGGGGUCCAGGUAUUCCCUGGAUGGCGCUGGUGGAGGUUUCGUUCCGGCCGCUCCUAUUAACUGCAAGUUGUGCUUGGAGGAUGCGACCCCAGACAAGAUCACGAUUAUAUCCGGCUGUGGCUGUACGUUCUGCACAAGGUGUAUGAAAGCGUACGUUGAAUUCGAAGUAUGUAAUGGCGCGUACGAAGUCUCCUGUCCCGAUGAUCGAUGCUCGACUGGCGCCGCGCUGGCUUUGGACGAGAUCUCAAAUCUCGUCACGUGUUCCGUGAUGGAGAAACAUCUCAAGUUCCGGCUUAACCAUGAGGUGGCGAUGGAUGCGAUGCGUGCCUUCUGCCCGCGGCCUGGCUGUGACACCGUGGUACAAGUUCGCGCCGCCAGUCCCGCACAUUGCCCUACAUGCAGACAUGACUUUUGUUCGCAAUGCAACCAAGAGUGGCACGGUGGACUAUCUUGCGAAGCGGCCGCUGCAUCUUCCUCGAUGGCCGGUGUGGGAGCGCCAUUACUACCAGACUCCGAGCUGAUCAAGUUGUGCCCGAUGUGUCGAGUGCCCAUUGAAAAGGACGAGGGUUGUGCUCAAAUGAUGUGUAAACGCUGCAAGCAUGUGUUCUGCUGGUACUGCUUAGCCUCUUUAGACGAUGAUUUCUUACUACGUCACUACGAUAAAGGUCCGUGUAAGAAUAAACUAGGACAUACUCGAGCUUCAGUGCUCUGGCAUCGUGCACAGGUAGUGGGUAUAUUCGCGGGCUUCGGUCUUCUGCUGCUCGUUGCGAGCCCGCUGCUACUUCUGGCUGCACCGUGCAUCGUCUGUUGCAAAUGCAGACUCUGUAACCCCAACACGAAGAAUCUUGAAGAAGUUGACGAGAUAGAGAGCAUAACUCCAGGACGCGAAGACGACGGAGACGAUAUAGCACGCGCGAGGUACCUCUCCGACUGACGGCGACGUUACUAAUUUGGGUCGUUUUAAAAUGAACCCUAUGUGCAGAUAAUACGUACCACUGUCGUGCGAACGUUUGAGUUAUAUCGAAGAAUAAUUCGAUUGGUUGUUUGGAAUGAUCGUGAAGGUUAAUUAAAUGUCACUUUUCCAUUAUAAUGCGUGUGAUAAAGACGGCUUAAGACCGAAAUGCGUUUAUUUUUAAAUAAUAAAUCUAUUUAUUUAGUGUGAAUAUGACAUUCAAAUUACAGUUUAAAAAAUAUAUAAUCGGAAAUUUAAGUCUCGCGUAAACUUCUAAGUGGACUUGGUAGAUAUACCGUUCGAAUUAGUGGUUGUGUGACGUUGAGACACGAGUACAAAAUGAAAAGUCUAAACUAGUUGAUGUAUUCAGGCCCGCGGAAAGUCGAGGGGGGGCGGUCAUUUCGGAGUAGGAGAAAAGGGAGUAGGCUAAACGACUUAAAUAUAAAAGUCGAUAUUAUUGACGUGACUUUUUCGGGCACGGUUAGUGUCAAAUUUCAAGGUCGAAUUUGUGUACCGUUUGUUUCGUACGCUAAAAAAAAAGCAUCACAAAUGAAUGAUUUGAAUUGUUCUCGCCAUUGUAUGCUUACGGCGGGCCUGGGUGUAGGCACUUUAAUGUAUUAGCAAGUUAUAGUGACUUUAUGUUUCAAGUAGAAGCAAUAUUGAGACACAGUGUUAAUAACUAACAUGCUAUAUUAAAUGACCUCAAAGACUAUUAACUGUAAAUUUCGUAUAUCUAAGAUUGUCGUACAAAUUGUCAUUUGUUUUCGUUUUUUAUAAUUAAUUAUGACUAUAAAAUAAAAUGCGCCAAAAAUAUCCUCAAUAAUAAUAUUAAAAAAAAAAGGUAAUAAUUUUGGCUUUUCAAUAUCUGUCGUUUUUUUUUAACGGUGUUACUAAAACGAUUCGUUCAAAGUUUCACGUUCUUCACGAACAAAUAUAUUUAAUUGUAAAAUAUAAAAAGUUUUUUUUAUAAUAUCGCUGGUGAAUUGCAGAUGUGUGUGCAAGGACUAAAUAGUUAAUCCAUUAUGAAAUUAGCAAUUCUAUAUUAUAUAAAGAUAUAUUCCAAUAAUAUAACUAACAUCAUAUUUAUAGUAAAUGUAUUUUAAUAUAAACAUAGUAUACAUUGUUCAAGGUAUUUUUUUUUUUUUGAAUAAGAAUUUUCACGAUCGGCUCAGGUGUAGCGCCUCCUUAAUUUUUAUAUUUAAAUCGUUGCAACGCAGAUCUUACAAUUUUCGAAUGUCCUUCAUUUAUAUCCGGUUUACUAUAUUUAAGAUUUCAGUUUCGCUUACGGUGGGUGGAAUUAUCCACGAGGUGUUACACAAAAGCGUCCCUAGAAAAACGUCUUGUGAGUAUUGAAGCCGCGUGUACUUAUGUGACGAUCAAAAACAAUUGAAUGAUGAAGUCAUUUGUUAAAUAUAGAACCGGGGCAUUAAACAUCUUGUACUAUAUGAAACAUAAUUUGUUUUACUCAAAUACAAUCGAUUCGAUUUAAAACGAGGCAUUAUUAAGAAACACGUACGUAAAUAAUGAGUUUACUAGAAACGGGUAUAGAAUACCUAUAGACAACGUCAAGGCUCAUGAGAAUAUAAUUAAGAAGAAUGAAAUACCUAGAAGUAGCUUGUCGAUAGCUGGCAUUUCUAAUUAGACAGUAUUUUUGAAAGUUAUUAAGUCACGUGGAAAAAAAAACGAUAUUUUAUUUUGCAUAUAAAUAUUGAUAUUUAAAAUUACUGUAAUUCAAUAAUAAAUAUUCGUAUAUAGUAAUAUAAAUUUGUGUAAUUUUAUAGCGUAAAUGUCAAAUAUUUUCGAUAGAUCCGAGUAAUUAUUCAACAAAUAAAUGUAGAUCGCGUCAAUGUUAAUUGAAAAUAAUUGUCUGUAAUUUAAAUACGUGUGGAAGACAAUCGUGACAUAAAUCUAUUUUUUUUUUAUAUAGUUUUAGCUCAAUAAAAUAUUAUUGCUUCAUUUUUUUUAAUAGCAACUUAUUGUGUAAAAAGUUGACUGAUAUUUUGUUGUAAGGAAACGAGACUGAUGAAUGAAAAACGUCGUAUGAUCGCCAAUAUUAAUUUAUAAUUAUUAUCACAAGUAAUAUCAACAUUCGUUAUAAUAAACAAAACAAACAAUAACAUAAAUUGUAGAUCUAUUUUUUUUUUUAAUUCUUAUUAAAAAUAAUACAGAUUAUAAUUUCACUUAAAAUUGUUUUGUUUAAUUUAUGAGAGACUUUAUUAUGGACUUAUAUUUUUUUAUUUUGUAAUCUUCUAUUAACUGUUCAGUACGAAUAAAAAUAAACUUAAUUUAGUUACUUCUUAAGUUAGGGAUUCGCGCGAAAAGUUAAUAUAAAAUGUCGGAUAGUUUGUAUAUAUUUUUGUAAAAAAAAAAAUAGUUCACCUAGAGCGCAUUUUAGUUGCGUAGUUUAAUUAAAUACAAAGAAUGAGUAUACUGUAAGAAAUACAGUGGACAGUAAAGUUAUGACGUAAUAAGCAUCGACAACAAGCACAAAACACUUUCAACGAAACAUUAUUUUUAUAAUAUAACCUUGAAUACGAAAAAUACUAUUUACAAUAAUUUUGACAUGAUUUCGAACAAGUUCAUAACUCUAUUGGUUGCUGUAUAAUAUAUGAAUGCGAAACAAAGUCUAAAAGUGUUAAGUGUAACUGCAAUGCAGUGAGAGACAAUGCAUAUUAUAUUUAUAAUCUAUAGUUUAUUUUUUCAUUAACCUGUGAUUGACUAAACGUCAAGUCAGCUGUAUAUUGUUCUAAAAACAUUCAAAUAUGCACUGCUUUUCCUGUGUGCCCUCACACGGAGCCUUAACUCGUAAUUAAUAUGGUAGACAUUUUAAAAAUAUUAAUUUAUUGUAAAUAAGGAUUAAUAUUGUACUUAAAUAUGAGGAUUGAUGGAUAAAUAAAUUGAUAUAAUUCAAUAAUUAAUUUUUCAAGAAAAGAAAGAUUGCUUUGAAAAUAUUCGAAAUUUUCAAAGCGUCUUUUAUGUUAAAGAUUAUCUAUUAUCUGUGAGAAGCUGCUCAUCUUGGCAAAAUAAAAAAAAUGGUUGUGUGUUUAAUUUACAAAUUAAAAAAAAAACACCAACUCCAUCGGUCCUCUAUAGCUUGUUGUAGCAAGCUAGUUGAAGCAUUUGUAGACUUAAAUGGAAUUCAUCUGUAGAUUAGAUUAACUCAUAAGAGAUCAAUAGUUCUAUUAGCUUAUUAUUUGUCUAUGGUAUGUUUAUGUUUCGAAGAUUGUCGUUGUUUUAAUGUAAAAAUUAGACACAAAUUUUUGAUGAUGAAGAUCAUGUUUUUUUUUAAUGUUUUAGAUAGAAAUGUUAUGAAAAAUUAAAUGUUUUUUUUUUGUUUCAUUGAAUUCCAGAAAAAUUAGAAUAUUAACAAUUAUAUAAAAAUCUUACUAAUUGUUUGUCUGUUCUGAAAGCAGAAUUGUAAAUAUGAAGAAAAACUUUAUUUUUGUUAUAAACUGUACUUCUCGUUUAUUUUGUGUUGAAUCAAACUUUUGUUUCUAUUAAUUUAAUUAUGAAAUAAUAAAGAAAUUUUGAAUAAAUCGUAA